AACCAUGAUUCAGAAACUGACUCGUCUGUUUAUUUACUUUCUAACAGCUAACAGCUCUUUUACAAGAAACAGAAGUGCUUGUAUUUUAUAAGUGUAACAUGUAUAAAUUAAGGAAUGUAAGAAAAAUAAAAUAUUUUCUUCAUUCUAAAAUUUAAUUUAUUUACACUUUUGAAGUUUGCAAGAGGGAUUUGCAGAUUAAUCUUUUGAAUUCACCCUCAACCUUAAAAUAUUAUGGAUUCUUUUCAAAAUCUUUCUAAGUUAGAAGCCGAAAGUAUUCAGAAAGAUUCCAGUGCUGUGGCAAAAGCGGAAUUAGAAAAAUCAACUCUACAGGCCAGUUCAACGAAUGUUAACAAAGAUAUGUCCACUGCACUUGGACUUGUUCAAAACGAUUUACUUGAGAGUGCAGAGAUAACAAAAUCAGAUGUUGAAUUUGGAGUAAUGGAAACUGUAUCAUUAGAGACAUCAAUUCAAGAAAAAAAUCUUGAUAUCCAAACUGCCAAUGCAGGAUCAAAUGACUUGAGUAAAUAUUUUAAUGUAAAUGAUAUUAAUAAAGAAAUUAAAGAUAAAGAAGGGGUAAACUUCUUCAUCGCUUUAGCUGAAAAUCCAGAAAAAAUUCAACAAACUUCAUUUCCUAAUAUUGAACAAAGAAAUAUACUGGAUGAUAAACAGAAUGAAUCUUAUUUGGAAAAAAAUACAGUAAUACCAGCCACUGAAAUUCCUAUAGACAGUGGAAAUUGUAAGGAUGAUCCAGCCCCUCCUCUCUUGAAAUUCUUUUCUGAUGAUAAAAGUGGUCAAGAUAAGGAUGGAAAAGCAUUUUUUGAUAAAAUAGCUGAAGAUAAAAUAGUUGGAGCUUUAGAAAUUGAACAACCCACCUUGAAAAUACCUGGUCUUGAUAACUUUCUGGAUUCUUCUAACUCAAGCGAUAUUGAAGAUUCAUGGAUACCAUCAGAUCGGACUCGGCAAAUUUUAGUAACUUUGGUUACAUCAAAAGGACAAUUCAUACCAGAUCCAAAUGACUUAACUAUGCCUGGAGUAAUAAUUGAAGAAGAAAUGGAAGAUCCUGUGAAAUUUUUAUUGAUGGAAUGCAACUCUCCUUUUGCUCAGCAGAGAAAGGCUUUGACGGUAAAUGAUGUUUCUGAAGAUGAAAAUGGUCUUAAAAAGCUGAUGGAAGGACAAUGUUACCAUGCAGCUAUAAAUCUUACAAAACGACUCUUAACAUCUUGUGGUCAAGGUCCUGGUAAAGAUGGGAAGCCGAGCACUCAUACUCCUUUUUCUUUAAGAAUAUGGUAUACUCGCUUGGCUUUAUUCAUUAAACUCAGAAAGUUUUCAUUGGCUGAAGUCGAAAGUGCUGUUUUUGGAGUAAUGGAUAAACCAGAUUUGUAUUAUGAAUUUUAUCCAGAAAUUUAUAGAGGAAGAAAAGGUUCUAUGGUACCAUUUGCACUCCGUCUUCUUCUAGCUGAACUUCCUCAAUAUCAAGGAAAUCAUCAAACUGCUUUGGAUAACAUGUAUCGAAUUCUCAAUAUUGUACAAAAGAUGUUGAACAAUGUUGAAAGUGGUUGCGCUGAAGAUGGAAGCAUGAUAGAACUAUCCGACCAAAGAAAAGCAGCUUCAUUAGAAGUCUGGAAACGAAGAGAAAAAGGGGUAUUAUUUUCAAUUCUGAACUGUGUACUUGCACAAAAGGACUAUAUUCUAGCUGUUUCUAUAGCAAAACUCUUGAUAGAGAAAAGUGGGAAAGAUACAGCACAUCUUCACUCUGCAUUAGGCAGAAUUUAUUUGCAACUUGGUGAUGUGCAAAGUGCUGAAAGCUAUUUUAGGAAAGCCACAACAAUUGCCAAAGAUAAUUCCACAGAUUUUAGAGUGGAAGAAAAUAUCAACAAUGCUUUGCUUGCUGUUGCCUGCGACGAAAAUGAAAAAGCUUUUAAGUACUUUGAGCAAGCUAAUUCAUUCCAACCAAAUGCUAUGCUUGUGAAUAACAUGGCAGUUUGUAAACUGUACACGGGGCAGUUGAAAGAAUCUUUAAGGCUGCUGGAGUCAGCCAUUCAACAAUCACCUUCUGCUUGUUUACACGAUGGCUUGAUUUUUAAUGUUUGCACACUUUACGAAUUGGAAUCCUCUCGAUGUCCACAAAAGAAAUUAGCCAUGUUAGAAUUAGUAUCAAAAUAUGCUGGAGAUUCUUUCAAUGUAAAUUGUUUAAAAAUUCAAACAGCAAAAGCUUAGCCUGCACGAAAUGCACUUCUGUAAAAAAUUAAUUAUGUGAUGUAAAUAAUAAAAUUAUCUUUCAUUCAAA